AUGGCAGUUGUUCGUGUGGAGACUACUGAAUCUUCUCGGAGGACGAUCGAACCUUUAAAGUUGAAAAAUUACGCAAAACAAUUGAUCGAUGGCGCUUUCAUCCUUUUAUGCCUCGGAUUAGCUUACUAUAAUUUUGAGGGAUUGUUCGUGUGGGCUUGGGCUUUCGGUUCUUACUUACAUAUCGUGGCCGUGUUUGGUUAUUUGGGCUAUUCCGGAAGCUUCCGGUUCUACGAUAUCUUGUUGGCUCAACUUAUUUGUGGUUGGGCGUUUUUGAGUCGAGGAUAUUCGUUGCAUGGUAAGGUAAUGCUUUUGGGCGUUUCUCUUGCUUUGCAACUUGUGAACAACUUCGCGCGAGAGGAGUGGGUUAAAUUAAAUUAUGCACUUGUGAAUAGUUAUAAUUAA